AGGAGGAAGCUACACAUUGGGUAAUAAUCAGUAGAUGCAGCACCAAAGGAGUCUUUAACAAAAAAGACUCUGCCAUCUUCUUGUUGCUAUAGGACAUGUAGAAGAGAACAAUUUCCUGAUAAACAUCGAUCGAAGUCAUCUAGGGGCAACUUGUGAGGAAUCAUGUCAAGCAGAAAGAGUAAGAGGGGCCAGAAACUUGGCUCCUCUCGGCGUAACAAAAAUCAUAACCAAGAAACUGAAGAAAAAGACAAUGAUGAUGGAUACCAAGACCCUGGAAAAGAGGAGCAUGAAAGUGAGUGUCAGUUUCUCACAGUUUCUGAAAACCAAUCAUCUAAUAAGUCUUCACUGCUUCAUCCUGAUCAACCAGUUGUAGUUUGCACCAGCCCAAGCAGUUCAGUCCUGGAAUUUUCUCCUCAACCACAGUCACAGGAAUUUAAUGUUGUAUUGGGACAAGCUGAUAUAACAAGUAAAAAAAGAAAAAUGGGAUCAACUCGCAAGGGCAACAGAAACUUCAAAUUUGAAGAAAUUUCUGAGGAUGAGCCAGAGCACAGAGUACAGCUAAGUGAAGGUUUUAGUGAUGAGCACAAAGUAGAUGAAGAAGCAUCCAUAAAAGAGUAUGGGGGCAAAGAAGACCAAACAAGUCUAAUGGACUGUUUACACAGUCAGUCUUCAGAAAGUUUAAGCUCUGUCCUACAAGGAAAGCAUUUUGGCCCUGAUACCAUCAUGCAAAAUGAAGACGAUAGCAAAAAUGACAAAUACCAACAUUUAGAAGCAGCUGUAAAAAGCAAACCCACUGACAUAUUUUCUUCUGAACCUAACCAGCCCAAGGAGGCAGAAUUCAGUCAAGAUUUAAAGCAUGAUCAGUCCAGUUUAAAUGUUAUGGUUAACGACACACUGGAAGGUUCUCAUGCUGAAGAUAUAGUACAAGACAAAGUUACUGGAGUACAGUCAGCAUCUUUGAUAUAUGAACAUGAGCAUAUGACCGAAGAUGACAAAAUGUCUACAGUUAAAUGGGAAAAUGUUAAUAGCAAAGCAAGCACAGAAGAUGAGAAGACAGUUGAACACUCCCUUGAGCAUAAGGAUAAACCUUUACAGCUAACUGAGGAGAGCAUUUACAAGUCUGAAAGUACAGAAGUCAGAGAGGAUACUGACGAGUAUAAGGAGGUAAGUGCAGCUUGGGAUAGAACAGACAAUGAUUCGUAUGAAGGGCUCACAGAAACAAACUUAAACCAAACAAUGGUGCCAGAUACAAACAUCAUUUCACACCUUAAAAUGAAAGAUCAAGAACUAGGAACAUCUUCAGAACAAAUCCUUUCAGAUGAAUUCCAAUUCCAGGGUGACAGUGAAAUUAUUUGUUACAGAGAAGAAAAAAAUGAUCUUUCUGAGGCCAGAUGUUGGACAGGAAAAAGUAGCGCAGAUGAGAAAAAAGGCAAUGCUAAAAAUGAAGUGGACAUGCAUUAUAAUGAAGAAAAAUAUAGAGCCACUCGGACAGAGGGAGAGGUAGAAUAUGAUGACAUGCAAUCUGCAAAUUCUAAUCAGUUGUUAAUUUCUAAAGUAAGUUCCACAAAUAGGUUCGAUUCUGUGACAGAAUCUGAACUAAUUCCUGCUAAAACACUGUAUGGAGCAACAGAAUCCAACAGCAAGACAUGUAACCUUCAACAUAACAAUCCUAAGGAAUUUCCAACUGAAUUAGAGAUGCAGUCAAAGGAAGGAGAUUGUUCAGAUCAGAUGCCUGAGAAGGUAGACAAAGAUAGAUCUGAGUUUUCAGACACAGAGACUGAGGUUGCUGGGGAAGAGAAUAAUGACAUAAAGGAAGAAAUAAAUGCUAUUUCCACAGAAAGUUUUACAAAGGAUGAUUUUAAAAGAGUGGAUGAUGAGAAGGAUGGCAUGUCCACAUUUAUGAAUGAGCUUGAAAUGGCAUCAGUCAUGACAAAUAUUCAAGAUUAUGUUAUUACAGGGCAGGCAUCUAUAGUAAUCGAAGAUCAUGGUAUUGAGAGUCCUGAUAAAGGAGGUACCUGCCCUUAUCUUGAUUCAGUGGAGCUCAUUCAUGAAACACAAGUCAAAUUAGACAUGCCAGUGUAUAAUCCCAUACCUGAUCAGAAGCAAAACAUGUAUGACGAAUGUCAAGUAUAUCCAACAAAUGCAGAGCAAUUUGAAAGCACAUUUCCAAUUGUUUACAUGCAGGAAUCAAGGCAGGUUCAGGAUAAUUCAGCAUCAGAAAAUGUGAGAUUUAGCCCCUCUAAGAAAAACAAGAUAGAUUCAUUUCAAAGGAAUCUUAGUGGACAAAUCUCAGUAGGUGACCAGAAUGCAAUGGAGGAAACCAUCCAGGUACAAAGCUUAGAAGAAAGUACACCUGUCUCAGGGGAUGAAACACUCAACUUCACUGCUGAAUCAUGUUAUCAUCAUUCACCAAAUAUGAUAGAACCUGAAGCAAAAAAAAUAGAUGAAAAUGUGAUUAAAGCUGAACAUCUGGUUGAUACUGAGGUCCUCAAAAUGCAAAGCAGAACAGAAGUGGCUGAAAGUAUAAUACGAAAUGAAGAAACAACAUGGGAGGGAGACAAGCAUGAUCAACCCAUAUCAUUAGAAGAUCCACGUCAAAAUACUUAUCCAGAUUUGAAAUUAGAGCAGUCUAAAACAUCGGAAUGUACUGAGCUUGUUACUGAUAGACUAAAUACUGACCAUACCGUGACUUUUGCCGAGCCUGUAGAUACAGCUGAAUUAGAGCAAGUGCUAGGGGAAAAGAUUCUACAAGCUACCCCCACUCCUAUUCCUAGCACAAACAGUCACAGAAGAAAAAUGGGAUCGAUACGCAGAACCCUUGGAGAAAAGAAAAAAGAAAAAGAUAAAGAGGAAGAUAUGUAUGUAGAGGAGAAAGAUACAGCUUUUACAAAGAGAUCUAUGUUAUUAGGUCCAGAAACUGGAGCUAGCGAAGAGAAUGAUAAUGAUAGAAAUAAAGAAAUAAAUGCUGGCCACAGAGAAAAUUUUACGACAGAAGCAAAAUAUACACAACAAUACAUGUAUUCUGAAAUACCCUCUCAGACGGUUUUAUCCUUUCAAACUGCAAUCAAAAAUCCAUCAUCUCCAACAGAGCAUACUGAUUUCCAAAAAGAUGAUAAAAAUAAUAUAGAGAAUUUGGAAAGUAAAAAUGCAGAAAUCCAGAUGCAAACUCAGACUAAGAAAAAGAAAAAAAUUGGAUCAACACGCAGACCCCAUGGAAGACACCAGCUGCAAGCUGAAGGAGAGGAAGGAGAAUGGAAAGAGCUAGAAAAUGCAGAAGAAAUUGAACAUCAAUUAAUAACUCAAGUAGCUACUUCAAACCUGAUCAAUGAACCACAGAAAACUAUGAGUGAAGUGACACCUAACAUCCAUGACUCAACAGUGACAACUGAACAAAUACAAAUUAUUACCACAGAAGGGCAAACAGGGACUGGAGGAAUCGAUGCACCACCUGGGAUACAGGUUAUUUCAGACAUGCAAAUGAACACAGAAAAUAUUCAUACAGUUGUGCCUGAUCAGGACCAAAACAUAACUCAACAACAGUUAGAGAAUCUUAAUGACUGGGAAUCAGAACAAGAGCAACCUGAAAGCACAAACCCAUUGCUUCAGGUACAGGAAUCACAAUCGUCUCAGGUUGAAGUGAUAAAAGAAAAUGAAAACACAGAGGAACAAAAAAUGGACCAAAACAGAACGAGCACUUGGUUUAUCGAGGAACACAAUAACGAUACAAAGGAAGAAAUAAAAGCUGGUCCUACAGACAACUUUACCAAAGAGGACAUCACAAGUGUAUGUUCACAACAAUAUGUGCUUUGUGAAUUAACCUCUCAAACUUCUGAUCUGGGUUUAACUACAAUUGAAUAUCCUUCACCUGCAACAGAGCAUCUGGAUUUCAAGGAAGAUGAAGCAAAUAGUAUAGAGAAUGUGGAAAGUAGAAGUGCAGAAAUCCAACCGCAAACUCAGACUAGGAAAAAGAAAAAAAUGGGAUCAACACGGAGACCACAUGGAAGACACCAACCACCUCAGGAAGGAGAGGAAGGAGAAUGGAAAGAGCUAGAAAAUGCAGAAGAAAUUGAACAUCAAUUAAUAACUCAAGUAGCUACUUCAAACCUGAUCAAUGAACCACAGAAUACUAUGAGUGAAGUGACACCUAACAUCCAUGACUCAACAGUGACAACUGAACAAAUAGAAAUUAUUACCACAGAAGGGCAAACAGGGACUGGAGGAAUCGAUGCCAUAUUAUCAAUUGAAGUUGAUCAGAUUAACACUGUGGCUUCUCAUGAGGUAGGCACUGCAGAAGGACUGACUGAUACUAUAGAGCAAAAGGAAAAGUCAGCAGUGCACGAAGUGAAGGAUUCUGUUGUCAUGCAUUUAGAUGAGCAAGAAAUGGCACCAGUCGUCACAAAAACACAGGACGAUGCUUUAAUAGAGCAUGUGUCCUUAACAGUCAGAAUGCAGGAUAAUGAGAUUCCUGAUAAUGAAUGUGCCAGUAGAGCUAAUGUUCAUUCUACAUGUGAGAAUGUGGACAAUAGCAAUGCCGAAAUCCUGAUGCAAACCCAACCUAAGACAAAGAAAAAAAUUGGAUCAACACGGAGACCGCGUGGAAGACACCAACCACCUCCUGAAGGAGAGGAAGGAGAAUGGAAAGAGCUAGAAAAUGCAGAAGAAAUUGAACAUCAAUUAAUAACUCAAGUAGCUACUUCAAACCUGAUAAAUGAACCACAGAAUACUAUGAGUGAAGUGACACCUAACAUCCAUGGCUCAACAGUGACAACUGAACAAAUAGAAAUUAUUACCACAGAAGGGCAAACAGGGACUGGAGGAAUCGAUGCCAUAUUAUCAAUUGAAGUUGAUCAGAUUAACACUGUGGCUUCUCAUGAGGUAGGCACUGCAGGAGGAAUCGAUGCACCACCUGGGAUACAGGUUAUUUCAGACAUGCAAAUGAACACAGAAAAUAUUCAUACAGUUGUGCCUGAUCAGGACCAAAACAUAACUCAACAACAGUUAGAGAAUCUUACUGACUGGGAAUCAGAACAAGAGCAACCUGAAAGCACAAACCCAUUGCUUCAGGUACAGGAAUCACAAUCGUCUCAGGUUGAAGUGAUAAAAGAAAAUGAAAACACAGAGGAACAAAAAAUGGACCAAAACAGAACGAGCACUUGGUUUAUCGAGGAACACAAUAACGAUACAAAGGAAGAAAUAAAAGCUGGUCCUACAGACAACUUUACCAAAGAGGACAUCACAAGUGUAUGUUCACAACAAUAUGUGCUUUGUGAAUUAACCUCUCAAACUUCUGAUCUGGGUUUAACUACAAUUGAAUAUCCUUCACCUGCAACAGAGCAUCUGGAUUUCAAGGAAGAUGAAGCAAAUAGUAUAGAGAAUGUGGAAAGUAGAAGUGCAGAAAUCCAGCCACAAACUCAGACUAGGAAAAAGAAAAAAAUGGGAUCAACACGGAGACCACAUGGAAGACACCAACCACCUCCGGAAGGAGAGGAAGGAGAAUGGAAAGAGCUAGAAAAUGCAGAAGAAAUUGAACAUCAAUUAAUAACUCAAGUAGCUACUUCAAACCUGAUCAAUGAACCACAGAAUACUAUGAGUGAAGUGACACCUAACAUCCAUGGCUCAACAGUGACAACUGAACAAAUAGAAAUUAUUACCACAGAAGGGCAAACAGGGACUGGAGGAAUCGAUGCCAUAUUAUCAAUUGAAGUUGAUCAGAUUAACACUGUGGCUUCUCAUGAGGUAGGCACUGCAGAAGGACUGACUGAUACUAUAGAGCAAAAGGAAAAGUCAGCAGUGCACGAAGUGAAGGAUUCUGUUGUCAUGCAUUUAGAUGAGCAAGAAAUGGCACCAGUCGUCACAAAAAUACAGGACGAUGCUUUAAUAGAGCAUGUGUCCUUAACAGUCAAAAUGCAUGAUAAUGAGAUUCCUGAUAAUGAAUGUGCCAGUAGAGCUAAUGUUCAUUCUACAUGUGAGAAUGUGGACAAUAGCAAUGCCGAAAUCCUGACGCAAACCCAACCUAAGACAAAGAAAAAAAUUGGAUCAACACGGAGACCGCGUGGAAGACACCAACCACCUCCUGAAGGAGAGGAAGGAGAAUGGAAAGAGCUAGAAAAUGCAGAAGAAAUUGAACAUCAAUUAAUAACUCAAGUAGCUACUUCAAACCUGAUCAAUGAACCACAGAAUACUAUGAGUGAAGUGACACCUAACAUCCAUGGCUCAACAGUGACAACUGAACAAAUAGAAAUUAUUACCACAGAAGGGCAAACAGGGACUGGAGGAAUCGAUGCCAUAUUAUCAAUUGAAGUUGAUCAGAUUAACACUGUGGCUUCUCAUGAGGUAGGCACUGCAGAAGGACUGACUGAUACUAUAGAGCAAAAGGAAAAGUCAGCAGUGCACGAAGUGAAGGAUUCUGUUGUCAUGCAUUUAGAUGAGCAAGAAAUGGCACCAGUCGUCACAAAAAUACAGGACGAUGCUUUAAUAGAGCAUGUGUCCUUAACAGUCAAAAUGCAUGAUAAUGAGAUUCCUGAUAAUGAAUGUGCCAGUAGAGCUAAUGUUCAUUCUACAUGUGAGAAUGUGGACAAUAGCAAUGCCGAAAUCCUGACACAAACCCAACCUAAGACAAAGAAAAAAAUUGGAUCAACACGGAGACCGCGUGGAAGACACCAACCACCUCCCGAAGGAGAGGAAGGAGAAUGGAAAGAGCUAGAAAAUGCAGAAGAAAUUGAACAUCAAUUAAUAACUCAAGUUGCUACUUCAAACCUGAUCAAUGAACCACAGAAUACUAUGAGUGAAGUGACACCUAACAUCCAUGGCUCAACAGUGACAACUGAACAAAUAGAAAUUAUUACCACAGAAGGGCAAACAGGGACUGGAGGAAUCGAUGCCAUAUUAUCAAUUGAAGUUGAUCAGAUUAACACUGUGGCUUCUCAUGAGGUAGACACUGCAAGAGGAAUCAAUGCACCACCUGGGAUACAGGUUAUUUCAGACAUGCAAAUGAACACAGAAAAUAUUCAUACAGUUGUGCCUGAUCAGGACCAAAACAUAACUCAACAACAGUUAGAGAAUCUUACUGACUGGGAAUCAGAACAAGAGCAACCUGAAAGCACAAACCCAUUGCUUCAGGUACAGGAAUCACAAUCGUCUCAGGUUGAAGUGAUAAAAGAAAAUGAAAACAGACAGGAACAAAAAAUGGACCAAAACAGAACGAGCACUUGGUUUAUCGAGGAACACAAUAACGAUACAAAGGAAGAAAUAAAAGCUGGUCCUACAGACAACUUUACCAAAGAGGACAUCACAAAUGUAUGUUCACAACAAUAUGUGCUUUGUGAAUUAACCUCUCAAACUUCUGAUCUGGGUUUAACUACAAUUGAAUAUCCUUCACCUGCAACAGAGCAUCUGGAUUUCAAGGAAGAUGAAGCAAAUAGUAUAGAGAAUGUGGAAAGUAGAAGUGCAGAAAUCCAGCCACAAACUCAGACUAGGAAAAAGAAAAAAAUGGGAUCAACACGGAGACCACAUGGAAGACACCAACCACCUCCGGAAGGAGAGGAAGGAGAAUGGAAAGAGCUAGAAAAUGCAGAAGAAAUUGAACAUCAAUUAAUAACUCAAGUAGCUACUUCAAACCUGAUCAAUGAACCACAGAAUACUAUGAGUGAAGUGACACCUAACAUCCAUGGCUCAACAGUGACAACUGAACAAAUAGAAAUUAUUACCACAGAAGGGCAAACAGGGACUGGAGGAAUCGAUGCCAUAUUAUCAAUUGAAGUUGAUCAGAUUAACACUGUGGCUUCUCAUGAGGUAGGCACUGCAGAAGGACUGACUGAUACUAUAGAGCAAAAGGAAAAGUCAGCAGUGCACGAAGUGAAGGAUUCUGUUGUCAUGCAUUUAGAUGAGCAAGAAAUGGCACCAGUCGUCACAAAAAUACAGGACGAUGCUUUAAUAGAGCAUGUGUCCUUAACAGUCAAAAUGCAUGAUAAUGAGAUUCCUGAUAAUGAAUGUGCCAGUAGAGCUAAUGUUCAUUCUACAUGUGAGAAUGUGGACAAUAGCAAUGCCGAAAUCCUGACGCAAACCCAACCUAAGACAAAGAAAAAAAUUGGAUCAACACGGAGACCGCGUGGAAGACACCAACCACCUCCUGAAGGAGAGGAAGGAGAAUGGAAAGAGCUAGAAAAUGCAGAAGAAAUUGAACAUCAAUUAAUAACUCAAGUAGCUACUUCAAACCUGAUCAAUGAACCACAGAAUACUAUGAGUGAGGUGACACCUAACAUCCAUGGCUCAACAGUGACAACUGAACAAAUAGAAAUUAUUACCACAGAAGGGAAAACAGGGACUGGAGGAAUCGAUGCCAUAUUAUCAAUUGAAGUUGAUCAGAUUAACACUGUGGCUUCUCCUGAGGUAGGCACUGCAGGAGGAAUCGAUGCACCACCUGGGAUACAGGUUAUUUCAGACAUGCAACUGAACACAGAAAAUAUUCAUAGAGUUUUGUCUGAUCAGGACCAAAACAUAACUCAACAACAGUUAGAGAAUCUUACUGACUGGGAAUCAGAACAAGAGCAACCUGAAAGCACAAACCCAUUGCUUCAGGUACAGGAAUCACAAUCGUCUCAGGUUGAAGUGAUAAAAGAAAAUGAAAACAGACAGGAACAAAAAAUGGACCAAAACAGAACGAGCACUUGGUUUAUCGAGGAACACAAUAACGAUACAAAGGAAGAAAUAAAAGCUGGUCCUACAGACAACUUUACCAAAGAGGACAUCACAAGUGUAUGUUCACAAAAAUAUGUGCUUUGUGAAUUAACCUCUCAAACUUCUGAUCUGGGUUUAACUACAAUUGAAUAUCCUUCACCUGCAACAGAGCAUCUGGAUUUCAAGGAAGAUGAAGCAAAUAGUAUAGAGAAUGUGGAAAGUAGAAGUGUAGAAAUCCAGCCGCAAACACAGACUAGGAAAAAGAAAAAAAUGGGAUCAACACGGAGACCACAUGGAAGACACCAACCACCUCCGGAAGGAGAGGAAGGAGAAUGGAAAGAGCUAGAAAAUGCAGAAGAAAUUGAACAUCAAUUAAUAACUCAAGUAGCUACUUCAAACCUGAUCAAUGAACCACAGAAUACUAUGAGUGAAGUGACACCUAACAUCCAUGGCUCAACAGUGACAACUGAACAAAUAGAAAUUAUUACCACAGAAGGGCAAACAGGGACUGGAGGAAUCGAUGCCAUAUUAUCAAUUGAAGUUGAUCAGAUUAACACUGUGGCUUCUCAUGAGGUAGGCACUGCAGAAGGACUGACUGAUACUAUAGAGCAAAAGGAAAAGUCAGCAGUGCACGAAGUGAAGGAUUCUGUUGUCUUGCAUUUAGAUGAGCAAGAAAUGGCACCAGUCGUCACAAAAAUACAGGACGAUGCUUUAAUAGAGCAUGUGUCCUUAACAGUCAGAAUGCAUGAUAAUGAGAUUCCUGAUAAUGAAUGUGCCAGUAGAGCUAAUGUUCAUUCUACAUGUGAGAAUGUGGACAAUAGCAAUGCAGAAAUCCAGCCGCAAACUCAGAUUAGGAAAAAGAAAAAAAUUGGAUCAACACGGAGACCGCGUGGAAGACACCAACCACCUCCUGAAGGAGAGGAAGGAGAAUGGAAAGAGCUAGAAAAUGCCGAAGAAAUUGAACAUCAAUUAAUAACUCAAGUAGCUACUUCAAACCUGAUCAAUGAACCACAGAAUACUAUGAGUGAGGUGACACCUAACAUCCAUGACUCAACAGUGACAACUGAACAAAUAGAAAUUAUUACCACAGAAGGGCAAACAGGGACUGGAGGAAUUGAAGCCAUAUUAUCAAUUGAAGUUGAUCAGAUUAACACUGUGGCUUCUCAUGAGGUAGGCAAUCCAGAAGGACUGACUGAUACUAUAGAGCAAAAGGAAAAGUCAGCAGUGCAUGAAGUGAAGGAUUCUGUUGUCAUGCAUUUAGAUGAGCAAGAAAUGGCACCAGUCGUCACAAAAAUACAGGACGAUGCUUUAAUAGAGCAUGUGUCCUUAACAGUCAGAAUGCAUGAUAAUGAGAUUCCUGAUAAUGAAUGCGCCAGUAGAGCUAAUGUUCAUUCUACAUGUGAGAAUGUGGACAAUAGCAAUGCAGAAAUCCAGACGCAAAGACAACAUAAGAAAAAGAAAAAAUUUGGAUCAACACGGAGACCCCAUGGAGGACACCAACCACCUCCUGAAGGAGAGGAAGGAGAAUGGAAAGAUCUGGAAAAUACAGAAGAAAUACAAUGCAUUGAUCACGCAGCUAGUUCAAAUUUGCUUUCUGAGCUACAGAAUGCUAUAACUGAGUCACUUGAUACCCACUGUACUACUCAACUUAUUCCUGAAACACAAGCUAGCUUAGACAUGCCAGUUGUUUCUGAACAGUACCAUACAAUGUUUGAAGAGAGUUUAGAGAAUCCCAAAAAUAAUGAAUCAGAAAAAGAGCAAUGUGAUAUCACAUGUCCAGUUGUUCACAUACAGGAAUUAAAUUUGGCCCCUCAUUAUAUGGCAAAACAGAGUUCAGGAGAUAGUAACUCUGGGAGAAGGAAGAAGAUAGGUUCAACUAGAAGGAGUCUAAGAGUAAUAAAGGAAAAAGAAAACAUCCAGGAACAAACAAGAGGAGAAAGUACACCAAAAUCAGCGAAAGAUAACGCGCAAAAUGGAGCAUACCACUUAACUGCUGAAAUAUCUCAUCAAUCCAUACAAACACAUUCCGAUCCACUAAAUAUCAUAGAACAUGAGGCAGAAGAAAUGGGUUCCAUAUGCAAGAAUCUUGAGGAAGGACAGAGUAAACAAGAAGCAUGGCAAAGCUCUACAGAUAUGAGCCCAAGAUAUGUUGGAGACUAUGAUAAAAAAUACUUAAAAUUAGUAUCAAAUGAAGACAUGGUUAACCCUGAGUCAAGUUCUUGUAACAAAAAGGCAAGCGUACCAGAGUACAAAACAAAAAUUCACCAUAAACUUGAUCAUUCAGAAGGCUCCCUUCUUAGUGAGAUAGAGCUUUACCUGAAUAAAAGUUUUGAAAAUACCCUAAAUACUACAGUUCUUAACCCAAAUAUAUCAGAAUUUUCAGAACCAAUGUUUGAGGGGUCUCUUCAGCUACCAUCAUCUCAAAACCCUCAAAUUCAUAUGGAACAGAGCUCUCCAGCAAGAAAGAGAAAAAUGGGCUCAAGUCGCAAGAUGCCUAGAAACAAGCAUGAAGAAAAAACACCCAAUGAGAGCGAAGGGUCUGAACAGGAAAAAGAGAAUUUGGACAAGAAUCGUGUUAAAAAUAGUGACCCUAAAACAGAGGCAAAGUUAGUUGAGGAAACUGUCAUGGCUGAAGGCACAGAAGACAUGAAAGAAUCAGCUGAACUCAUGUCUGAAGUCCAAGCUCUUUCUGAAACAAAUGAGAGUAGUACACAAGUCACAGAACAGCCACUUCCAGAAGGUAGACGAAAGUUUGGGUCCAGACGUACAACGAAGGGAUGUAGUGGUCUAGGUGCAUUUACACAUGGUGAUUAUGAAAGCAACCAGGAAAACACAGAUAUUCAAAUGACUAAGGACUUAAGGGUUUCUGAUCCAUGUUUCAUCUCAGAACCAAAGAGCCCACCAAUCUCUCACCAAGUCUCUGAGGCAAGACCAGGAACUGAAGAGGUUACAAAAGUGAAAAAUACAAAUAUAUCUCAUGAAGCUGGCCUUGUUUCUCUGGAUAGCAAUAGGAAAACUUCACCAUCUGUUGUCAGCACUGGAAUUAGACAGAAAAUAGACUUUGAGCAAUGGAAUGAGCAAAUUCCAGAUUUUGGAGAGUUGGUAUAUAACAUUGUGAUGGUGGGAAACAGCAGCGUGGGCAAGACGUCCUUCAUAAAACGUUUACAGAGUGGACAUUUCAUCCCGGAUUACAGCUCUACUAUUGGUGUUGACACCUUUGUUCAUACUGUUACUUUUGGUAAUAAAACAGUCAAACUGUAUGUGUGGGACACAGCAGGUCAGGAAAGGUAUCACAGCAUCACUAGGCAGGUUUUCCACAAGGCCCAGGGGCUUCUAUUGAUGUAUGAUAUCACAUCAUCUCAGAGUUUCCAUGCUGUUCGUGCCUGGAUCUCCCAGAUUCAGGAAAAUGCUCACCCUGAUGUCAUCUUGAUGUUACUUGGCAACAAAAACGACUGUGCUGAUCGAGAAGUCCAGCUACAGGAAGGGGAGACUCUAUCAAAAGAGUAUGACAUUCAUUUUAUGGAGUGCAGUGUUGCAACUGGUGAGAAUGUGUCAGAGUCUCUGAAGACUCUAGCAUGGUUACUGAUGAAACAGAGAGUGAGGAAAGAGGAGGAACAUAAAACAUUACAGCCAAAGCCUCAACAAAAUAAGAAGUCAGGUUGCUGUUGAAAACUCUUUUUCUGUACACACACACACACACACACACACACACACACACACACACACACACACACACACACACACACACAUACUCUUUGUCCAUACACUUUAUCAAAUAUACAAUAUGCGUUUAAAAUUGUAAUAAGAUAAUAAGAAAAUAUUAUAGUAUGUUUACUGCACUUUUCAAAUAUUUUGAUUGUCUUCAUUCAUUUCAAUCCAUUCUUAAUAAGCAUACAUUAUUUAAUUAACCUAAUUUUAUGUGCUUUGUGCUGUUCCAUGAAACUGAACAAUUCUACUUUUUCUGAUUCUACUUUACAUUACAGUUACUUUUGUAUUAUCUUCCUGAGUUCAAGGCUGAGUUGUAAGGCAGAAUGUCAUUUUAUAACUACACUUGUAAGUUAUAUAAACUUGUAUUGGCUAAUAUGAACUGAAUAUGUAAACAACUAAAAUUAAGCUGAGAAAUAAAAAUGUAAUUUAUCUCCA